UAGCUGAGUUACCUGAGGUGAAAUGAUUUGCCCAAGGUCACACUGCUAGAAAGUGGCAGAUCAGAAUUCUAAGAGUCUAGUCUACUUCUCACUAUUUCACUACCAUCCUCACUAUUUCACUACCAUCCCAUUGUGGUGUCUAGGGAAUGGUGCCUUAUCUUAGAAAGUGGCAGAUCAGACUUCAGAAAAUCCACAGUACUUCUCACUGUUUCACCACCAUCCCUUUGUGGUAUUGGGGGUUGGUGUCUUAUUUUUGUGAUAUUCCAUGCCAUUCUUAAGAUCACUCUGUAUUCUUCUUUCAAAAUAAUUUUCCUUCUGCUUCCUGAUGAGAUAAACUCGAUUUUAAUUUUUAAAAAGUAUAUGUACAUAUCUGCUGAGUGAACAGAACAGGGGUAUAGUAAAGUAUUCCAGACUUGAAGUCAGAAGAUCUACCACUCAUUAGCUUUGUGACCUUGAACAAGUUAUUUAAUCUGUUUUCUUAUCUGUAAACCUCAGUUUCCAUAUCUGUAAAAUGGGGAUAAUAAUAUUGGCAGUACCUCAUAUACAUGUUAAAGUUAUACGAGAUUCCUUGAUAGAUAUGACAACAGAGAUGCUUUUGUUCAUUUUUCUGUUUAUUAAUAUUAAAUAAGGCAUAAUACAGGAAGUUUUAGGCUUGUUAAUAUAGUAGAGGAAAUCUAGCACAGAGCCCAAGUGAAAGGUGGCAUAGGUGGGAGUAUCUUCCAGAUGUCUUCAUUUGAAGAUGAUGUAUCUGUUGAAUCAAACAUUGGUAUGUUGCAAAACUUCCUAAAUGCUAUUAUUUAAAAGAAUUUGGCCUAAAAAGUAACUAAGGAAAAACAUGAGUAGAUGAAGAAUGUCUAAUUUCCGGACUCUGAUUUGCAAUUGGAUACAUGGUCCAUUGGAAUGGUAUAUUAGGAUGUAUGUCAUGGAUAGAUAUUACAAAUAGACAAUGAACUGGUUUUUCCUAUAAUUGGGUGGGAAGAAGAAAGUGAGCUGGAAGGCUUUCAGGAAAUUCUACAGUGCUUUCAGUGGACUCAAGCUUCUCCUUAAACAAAAAUCCAUAUUUUUAACAUCAUUUUACUUCUAGGGAUGCUAUAUGAUUCAUGGACUACUUACCACAAUCUUCAGAGAAUAAAAAUUGCAGGUCAUGCAUCUGGCAAUAAGGAGAUAUAUGCUGACCAUUACCAGUGAUGAAUUUGUGCAAAAAGCAGCUUAACAGAUCUUAAGAAAAAGCUUUAUCUUGGAAAAGGAGACUGGAUAAUCAUGAACUGAGUGAGAGAUAACAAAAUGGAUGGUCUGUGUAUUCUACUGGUAUCAUACAAUGUCAAAUGACUUAAAAGAAACACCCCACCAUAUUGUUAGACCUUCUGCAGAAAGUUUACUGAAGAAUACAUAUAAGAGUAACACAGGAUAAAGUACAAUUAGAUUUUAAACUCUGCUAUUGGGGGAGUAUAGAAAUUGAUGAGAUCAGAGAUUGAUUGAAGUAAUAACAACUUUACAAGAUUGUUGUGAGGACCAAAUGAGAUCAUGUACUUGAAAGCACUUUGUAAAUUAUACGGAAUUUUAUGUUAGCUACGUGUAAAUGCUAAUAAUAAUAGUCCUUGUGCCUAAUAAAAUGUUAACCUUGAUUUAGAAUUUAAAAGUGUGGAGUGAGCAACUCAUCCAGUAUAGUAUAUGUUUAUGUCUUUCACGUGAAUUAUGAAAACUAUGAAUUCAGAGACGGUACAAUUUUUUUUUGGUUUCAAGGAAAGACAAGACCCCAGAUCUCUAAUUAUAGGAAAUUUUAUUUUAGUAUAACAAAGCAUAGCUCCACCAAUCUUUCUUCUUCACUGAUUCAAGAGAGAGAAAAAAUUGGUAUGUUAUGUCAAUUGAGGAUGCUGAAGAGAUACGAGAAUAUGUUACUGAUCUUCUCCAGGGAAAUGAGGGCAAAAAAGGCCAGUUCAUAGAAGAACUUAUAAACAAGUGGCAAAAGAAUUAUCAAGACUCAGUUUCUGAUCCUCUGCAGAUAUACAGAAAAAGAGAUGAGAUUUCAGAUGGCCAGAGACUUGGGGACCAGUUGAAGAAAGGUAGGCGCAAGGGGAGAAACAAGCAGGAGGUUCCUGCAUUUGCUGAACCUGAAUCAACUGUAGAGGAAGUCAAAACACCACUUGAUUUAGCCAAGGCACAGGAGAUCACCAGUUCCUCAAAGAAGAAGACAAAGUAUGUUAACUUGUAUACAACAGAGGGACAGGACAGGUUGGCUGUCCUCCUUCCAGGACGACACCCUUGUGAUUGUCUGGCCCAGAAGCACAAACUCAUCAACAACUGUCUGAUCUGCGGGCGGAUUGUCUGUGAACAGGAGGGUUCUGGACCCUGUUUGUUCUGUGGAUCUCUGGUGUGUACUCGAGAAGAACAGGACAUUCUGCAGCGUGAUUCAAACAAGAGCCAAAAGCUUCUGAAGAAGCUCAUGGCAGGAAUGGAGAAUUCUGGUAAGGUUGAUGUAUUCAACAAGGAUCUGCUUCCUCAUCAAGAAUCUCGGAUUAAGACUGGUCUGGAGAAGGCUGUAAAGCAUAAAGACAAGUUGCUAGAGUUUGACAGAACCAGUGUUCGAAGGACUCAAGUCAUUGAUGAUGAAUCAGACUACUUUGCCACAGAUUCCAACCAAUGGCUAUCCAAGGUGGAGCGGGAAGCUCUGCAGAAGAAGGAGCAGGAACUUCGAGAGCUGCGCCAUGCCUCACGUCUCUCUAAGAAGAUUACCAUUGACUUUGCAGGAAGGCAGAUUCUAGAAGAGCAAAACUCCCUUACAGACUACCACAAUAAACUGGAUGAGACAGUACAGGCUAUUAACUCAGGAGCCUUGAGUAAGUCUCUAACAAAACUAGAAGGAUCACCUGAAAAGCCUUUGGGAGUUCUAGUGAAUCCGCAUCUGCUCCAGCCUGCACCCUUGUGGGUAGACCAGACAAGCUCGGCCCCACAGAAGAAGACUCAUCUUUCAGCAGGUUCUAAUCUGGAGCUCAGCUCAGAGAGGAGCCGUCUUCGAAUUCAGGACCGAGAAUUUCAGGAAAUCUCUGAUGAUGGUUGGUGCCUUAGCAUGCACCAGCCCUGGGCCUCAUUUCUUGUCAGGGGCAUUAAAAGGGUGGAGGGUAGAACCUGGUACACAUCUCACAGAGGAAGACUAUGGAUAGCUGCAACUGCCAAAAGACCUUCCUCUCAAGAAAUCUCAGAACUACAGGAUACAUAUCGCCUUCUUCUUGGAAAAGAUUUGGAAUUUCCCCGUGAUUAUCCAUCAGGAUGUCUCCUUGGUUGUGUGGACCUGAAUGACUGCUUGCCUCAAGAGCAAUUUAAGGAACAGUACCCAGACCUCAGUCAAGAAUCUGAUUCUCCGUUUGUCUUCAUCUGCACAAAUCCCCAAGAAAUGAUCCUGAAGUUUCCUAUCAAAGGAAAACACAAAAUCUGGAAACUGGAUUCCAAGAUCCAUCAAGGAGCAAAGAAAGGGUUAAUGAAGCAGAAAGCCACUGUCUGACUGAGAAAAGGAACCCACACUUUGCUAGUGGAGGAUCCAGAGUUGUGUGCUUGCUUUGAAGUGGAGGCAGUAAAAAUCUCCAGGCUGGACUUAAAGCAUUGACUCUCUCAGAAUAUAAACUCUUAACAAACUGUCAUAAGUUCUUGGGAAUGUGUGGAGAGGGGGUGGAGGGAAGAUGCUGUCUUCACACAGUGGGUUCAACCUUGUGUACUGUUUAUAAAAAUAAUUUUUAAAUUUCA